AGUUCAGAGUUCGGCGGAAGUUGUUGGCUGCUCCUGCCCCUGUAGCCAGUUCUUGUAGCCUUUAGCAGGCUAACACGUUUGCCUGCACAUUUUUGACGGCUUGUCACUGGGAAAUCAAAUCAUGAAACGCUCUAGGCUUCAUAAAAGAUGAAGACAGUACGUCCAGGGGAAUGAUUUUCACAAACAUUGCCUCUGAAAAGGAGGAAAGGCACGUUUAAAGAUUCCCGGAAGUGCUGUUGAAGACUUCAGCUGCCACAGACACAAUGAGCGCCAAGUAUGGCCUGGUGGGUUACAACAGUUCCCGGAAGCACAUCUCGAUCUCCAUUCCGUCCUCCACAGAGGUGAUGUCGCCUCACAUAAAGUCUGUGGAGGAGCUGAGGGUUCUGGGAAUCAACCUCAGCAACUUAAGUGCCCCAACACAGUUCUUCAUCUGUGUGGCUGGAGUCUUCCUCUUUUAUCUUGUGUAUGGAUAUUUGCAGGAGUUAAUAUUUUCUGUGGAAGGAUUCAGACCUUUUGGUUGGUACCUCACUUUGGUGCAGUUUGGCUUUUAUUCCGUGUUUGGACUCGUCGAGCUUCAGUUCACGCAAGACAAACGCAGAAGGAUACCAGGGAAGACCUAUAUGAUGAUUGCAUUUCUAACAGUGGGAACUAUGGGACUAUCCAAUACCUCUUUAGGCUACUUGAACUACCCUACCCAGGUCAUCUUCAAGUGCUGUAAACUCAUCCCAGUCAUGAUCGGAGGAGUUUUUAUACAAGGUAAACGAUAUAACUUGACUGAUGUGUCUGCUGCUCUCUGUAUGAGUCUGGGACUCAUCUGGUUUACCCUAGCUGACAGCAAAGUAGCUCCAAACUUCAAUGUGACAGGUGUUAUGCUCAUCUCCCUGGCUCUGUGUGCAGAUGCUGUCAUUGGAAAUGUGCAGGAAAAAGCCAUGAAGCUCCACAACGGUUCCAACUCUGAAAUGGUGCUGUACUCGUACUCCAUCGGUUUCAUCUACAUACUGGGAGGCUUGCUCUGUGUGGGUGGGCUGGGACCAGCUGUGGCUUUCUGCUCAGAGCAUCCUGUUAAGACAUACGGCUAUGCCUUCUUCUUCUCUCUUACGGGUUAUUUCGGGAUCUCCUUUGUGCUAGCCUUAAUCAAGCUGUUUGGAGCCCUUGUUGCAGUAACAGUGACCACUGGGAGAAAGGCCAUGACCAUCGUACUUUCCUUCAUGUUCUUCACCAAACCGUUCACUUUUCAGUACAUCUGGGGUGGCCUUCUGGUGAUCUUUGGCAUCUUCUUGAAUGUUUACAGUAAAAACAAAGAUAAAAUGAAACUCCCUACAAUUAAGGAUGUCAGGAGCUGGCUGCUGAUGAGAAAGAAAGUCAGAUUUCUCUCACAAAAUGUAUAGGAGCGCCCCUACAAGUAUGGUGAAGUCCUGCACAGGCAAACCGCUUCUGACCACUCAACGUUUAGCGUCGGCACGUGUUUUCCAGGGGAUGAGCUGAACCAUGUACCUGAGCAGCGGCGCUACACCACCAUCAAUAUUGUGCCAAGGAUGGGUAUACAGGGUUUGACCUCCAAUCAGCCUUACAAGCAGCUGACAUGAUUAAACUGUGGUUCGGGGAGUUGCUGGAUUCCUUUUAUAUCUAAUACCAGAACACUGCUGGUUAGCUGGAAGCACUGAAUGGCAGCAAACUGAAGGAAGUAUAAGAAUGUUUUUUUUUUUUAAAGGUUCAGUGCCUGGUGGGGUCUUGUAAAGCAAGCUUUAGAGCCCCACAGAAACAUUCCCUACAUUGAGUGGAACUGUGAGGACUUAUUAGAUUCUCUAAAGGGAAGCCAGCUCCUUAGUUAACCAAAUUGCACAGUUUUGCACUGGAAUCAACUCAAACCCUUGAGUGGUUGGAAAAAAAACAAACUCUUGAAAGGAAGAAAUACAGAGACGUGUGUCUAUGUCUGUCAUGUCUAAAAUGAUUCUCGCCCACCACGUAUGACAAAGAACAUAAUAAAAAUAAUAAAAUCCUAUUUGCCGCCUGCAUGUGCCAGGAAAACAGAUAGAAAUGAUGUUCUAGCAUCAUACAUUUCUUUCUAAAAGUGGUUCUCAUACUUUGUGGGUAGUUUGAAAACAAAGUGGUCUUGUCAUGUGAUAAGCAUUUUACAUUCAACAUAAUUAUUUGUACCGCUGUAUAGCAACACUGUCAACUGCCAUAAUUUGUUCACCAUAUUUCUGAAUGAAAGAGUACAUCUCUUUUUACAAUAAACUAUGUAUUUAGUAAUUACA